UCAGUGCUCAGGACAUGAGCUACGGAGCUGCGUGCUCCCAGUCUACGUCCCUGGGCCAGCUCUUCAUUCUCCUCCAGUACCAGGUUCUGGCCAAUCGUAUCAAAGUGCUGGUCCGCAAGGCAGAGAACCUGGGCCGGCUCACCCGCAUGCCAGGGACACCAGACCACUACGUUGUCAUUCACUUUUACUAUGACGGGCUAGUCAUGGACACGAAGGAGACCAAGUCCAUCGCCGGUUACAACCCCGUGUGGAACACGCCCUUCCUCUUCAACGUCCCUGCAGGAGACAUCCAGGAGCAGCAGCUGUGCCUGGAGUUCACUGUCAUGCAGGCUCGUCUCUAUACGCGCAGCUGCACCCUGGGCCGAGUGCUGAUUGGACCCCACGCCCCAGAGGCAGGGCUGCUCCACUGGAAGGAGAUGUGCUGCCGAGGGCACGUGGAAUCCGCGCGGUGGCACGUGAUUCAGCCGGAUGUUUUCAGUCUCUCCCCUUGACGUUCCCUAUGGUCAGUCGGCUCAUUGGAGCUGGUCAGUCGGAGCAGGAUGUGGAAGUCAGUGCUGAUGCCUGAGCGGCUGAUUCCCGCUAGCUGUGCGGCUAGGUUGAAGAACUGCAGUCGUGUCAGGAGUAUUGUCUCCUACGUGGUGUGAGUUUGCUCUGUGCUGCCCUGGAUGGCCCUGAGGCCACCACAAGGGGGAGCAGCAAGGAACUUGAAGCCAAGCCAGAGACUUUCCUUGUUAAGUAUCUUAGACAGAGAGCAUGUGUCUGCAAUUAAAGGGAAAGAACCCCGCCGUCAGCUCCUGGCUGCUGCUGGGACAUUGGCCCAGGGAAGGGAGGACUGGCAGCAGCAGUGAAAGGAGGGCAGGAGAUGGGCACAGGAACAUGAGAUGUGGAAAGGAGCAGAGGGAAGUGGGAGCAUGGAGAGGAGAGGAAAGAGCAUGGACAGAUGGAAGGAGGAAGCUUCAUGUGUUCCAGACUUGCUCAGGAGGAUUCCAGGCUGGCACGUCAACAAAGUGAGUUGUCCCCAAUCCCCAAACCAAGACAGUAACCAGUGAUCAAAUUUAAGACAGCCUUGGAGGUCCUGACUCACAUCCAGCCUGAGGAUAACCAGGUGCAACACCGUUGACUUCACUGUAGUUAUGAUGACCACUUAACCCCAUGCUUGAUGCUCUUGUGAAGUCAGUAGAAUUACACCUGCUUUGGGCUGGUGUGGCCCCUGCUGCAUUUUUGUGAAUUCUGCUCAGCAUAACAUGAACGAUCAGUGCUGCAGUCAGAACAACCUCCAGUCUGUUCCAGUCCACUCGCAGGGAACAGCCCGAUCACACAUGGAUGAAAUGUCAGCCUUGAUUCCUAGAUCUCUGUGUAAGAAAGCCCAAGCUAGCUGUACUGUGUAGAGCACUGAUCUGUGGGGUCCCUGUGAAGGAGGAAUCCAUGUGCCUUGAGCAUGGGCAAGGAAGAGGUCACAGAAGGGCUGGAAGGCCAUUUUCCCUA